GGAGAUGUUCCAGCUGCUCUAGCAUGGGCCUAAACACCCUGGUGAGGACGCUAAGAAGACACGGUUUUGUGUCCAGGGACCCCUAGUCAUCCUACAAAGCUGAUUUCUGAAAAGGCAAGGACAGAGGCAUAGGUGCUUCCCCGAGGUGAGCGGGGUCUGGGAUCUUGGACUAGUCCAUCUUGAGGGUCCCUUCUGAGUAAGAUUCUAGGUUGUGUUUAUCUUGGUUUAAAACAUGAGGAGUUUUGAAAGCGUCUUGGCCAAUCUCCUUUCUGGAAUCACUGUGUGUUAUCAUCCAGACACUUACCUGGCUAUUUAGGUUUGCUGUUUGGCUCAGGUGUGGGUAAAGUGCCCGGUUUGGAGAAGAGCAAUGUUGUUUACAUUCUUUCUUUCUGAAAAGUCACAAGCCACCGGCAAGAAAUGAAAGUGAAAUCAGGGGACAGUGUCAUCAGUCAGCAGAAAUGUGCCAAAGUUCAGAGAGCUGUUUACUUAGGCACGACGUGCCUCCCAGCCAGUCAUAAGCCUGGGGCUGCAUUGAUCUGCCGGCCCCUCUCCACCGGCCUGGAUUCUGGAGGCUGGACACUAGGAAGCCAGCGAGAGAGAAGAAUCCACCGAACCUGAUUUCCUGCUCCUCCUCUUGAAGAGCGCUUUGUGCAUUCUGCAUCUUCUUUUCGGGACCCAGGAGGCACCCUGCGAAGGGCAUGAAGAUGAUUGUCCUGAAGUCAAAGCGGUGGAGCCAGCUGCUGUUCCUCGUCACAAUGACCCUCACGAUCACGGCCAUCUGCCUGCUCUUCUUUGCUCUCCUCUGGAAGGCCGGCAAUCUUGUGGACCUGCCCAACCUCAGGGUUGGCUUCUACAACUUCUGUCUCUGGCACGAGGGCACCGGCGCCCUGCAGUGCUACCAGUUCCCGGAGCUGGAGGCCCUGGGCGUGCCUCGGGUGGGCCUGGCCCUGGCCAGGCUCGGCGUCUACGGGGCCCUGGUCCUCACCCUCUUCGUCCCCCUGCCUCUCCUCCUGGCCUGGUGCAAUAACAACGAGGGGGAGUGGCAGCUGGCCGUGGGCUUCCUGGCCACGUCCUCCAUGCUGCUGGCCAGCGGUCUGGGCCUCUUCCUCACCUACACCUGGAAGUGGCUCCAGCUCUCCCUCCUGGGACCUGGGUCUCUAGCUCUGGGUGCCGCCCAGACCUUGCUCAUCCUCUUGCUUGUGGCCACAGCUGUGUUCCCUCAGAGGGCAAAGGACAGGAGCUGGGGAGCUACUAGCUCCGUCUAAAGGCUUAUGUGAUCGCAAGGGUUCGCUUUGAACUGUGCUCAGAGAAGGCUGCCCGAGACGCACAGGCCGGUGUGUCUUCUCGGCCGCUCUGUCUCACGGCCAGCACCGAGCUCCAGCUGGAGCAGACAGGACCCACCGCGGAGGGGGUGGGUGCCCAACGUCAAGGAGGACAAGCCUUUUUAGGAUAGGGUGGUCUGUCCUUUGGGACUUCUAAGAACACCCGAGAACCAAGUAGCUCAUUGUUGCAAGAAUUCCUGCUUUAGUUAACUGACCUGAGCAAGCCAUUCUGACUUGAUCCUCAGAACAAUGGGGAGAUAAGGCUUCCUGUCACUGGGGCCAGAUUUCCAGGACAAGCUGCCAAAUGCCAGACGGGAACCCGGUGACGGUUUAUGAAGGAACACCUCGGUGUCCCCGGGAACCCAGCCUAGCAAGCGCCCCAUCUCCAUUCAAGACAAUGCUCCCAGAGGCCAAGGAGUGAUCUGAGGGAUUCACAGGACAGAAAGGCACAGAGAAGAGCCUGGCGGUUCUGAAUGUUCCACUGAAAAGGCUCCUGGACCUGCAGACAGACAGAACAAGGGUCUAACCACUGCGCACGAGCAGCCCGCUCCCAGCAUGCGACACGGGCGUUCAGGAGCCCAGGACGCCAGGUCCUUGGUCAGGAGAGGACGAUGAACGGCCUGAGCCGGCCCACGUCCAUGUAAACGCCGCAUCCCCUCCCCUCUCACCCUGCGCCGGAAAGGAUACGAGCACCACUCACGCACGGGGGCACUUUGUGUAUUCUUCAGCAUCCGUUACACUGACAAUCUGUACAGCACGUGAUCGCCUCAUCCCAUGCCCGUGCAAAGCCACACUGAAUAGAGGCAGAAACACGGA